AUGGACCAACUCAAGACCAAUGAAACUUUAAAACUAUUCUAUAGCCAUGGUAGAAAAAUCCUCCCUCAUCACACUGACGACAAUCUCCGUUACCUCGAUGACCUCAAACGUGUUCUUGCCGCCGAUGCCUUCAUUUCCUUUGCAGUUUCAUGUGGCUACUCUGUAGAUUUGAGGUGUCAAUUGCCAGACAAAGGUGUUCAGAACACCAACGUCGGUGCUCCUAUCUCCUUCAUUGAAACCCUCCUGAGCUAUCUGAAACACUCCCUCUCUCACCUUUCUACUCCUCAUACGUACCUACCAGCCAUCGAGACAGCGACGCCGUCGACGCCAUCGUUUUCUUCGCAUCAGUCAUCACCAGCCGCCAUUGACGCCAUCUUCACAGUCAACGACGACGAUGUCCUUGAAAACAAAUCUAGAGACCUUGCGAGAGGGGAAAAGCCUAGAACAUCAGAUCUGCCAUCGAACCUCAGGCGACAGAUCAGAGAGACAAAGGAGAAGAUGAGCUGGUCUUCAAUGUCGCCUGAGGUUCGAUGGCAGAUCUCCAUCGCGCCUUCUUGA